AUGUCAGUAGCUGCACUUCUUUCUUUGGUUAGACAUGGUGGGAUCCAAGUGAGGAGGACAGCACUGCUAACAUCGCGCAUUUUGCAAGAUGACCCUCGUGAAUCGACAUGCCAAAGCUCCACCUCAGAACGUAGGACUUCACGUUUUGACCCUGACAGCAGUGGUAGGCCAGCAACGUGGGACACUUUUGGCAUUUGGGACAACAGAAUAGAUGAACCCAUCCUUUUACCACCAAGCAUAAAAUAUGGCAAGCCCAUUCCCAAAGUGAGCCUGUCAAAGGUGGGGUGUGCCACACAACAAGGGAAGAGAAAGGUGAAUGAGGAUAGAUACAGUAUCUCUCAGCUAGAUGAAAAUAUACUUUACUUUUCUGUAUACGAUGGCCAUGGAGGAGCAGUGGUGGCAGAGUUUUGUGAGAAACACAUGCAUCAGUUCAUUCAAUGGAUUCUGGCUGAGGAGGAUGACCUGGAGCUGGUGUUGUUCAAAGCUUUUCUGGAAAUAGACAAGACUUUUGCAAUACACAGCCAUUACAUGGCUUCUGUAAUUAAUUCUGGGACCACUGCAACAGUAGCCCUGUUGAGUGAUGGAAUAGAACUGGUUGUAGCAAGUGUUGGAGACAGCCAUGCCAUUUUGUGUCACAAAGGAAAGGCGAAAAGGCUGACAGAGGACCAUACUCCUGAAAGGAAAGACGAAAAAGAGAGAGUGAAGAAAAGCAGAGGUUUUGUAGCCUGGAACAGCCUGGGACAGCCCCACGUGAAUGGUAGACUUGCUAUGACAUGAACUAUUAGUGACUGUGAUUUGAAGCAGAGUACAGUGAUUGCUGAUCCAGAAACUAAAAAAACAAAGGCACUUCAGUAUGGAGCAGAAGAUAACAUCACUGCUGUAGUCAUAGCCGUUGUCCCUUUUGGUGCUUGGGGGAAGCACAAGAACUCUGAUGCCAGCUUUUCUCUUGGUAGAAGUUUUGCUUCAAGUGGAAAAUGGUCUUGUUGA